AUGGAAAUUGUGGUCUCCUCCCCAAGUCAAUCGAGCGAAGAGACGCGACCGUCGCAUUUACUCAACUCGCGCUUGUCCGUGGUCGAUCAUUUUGCCGCCAGUGGGGAUGCACUCAACGCGACGCAGGGCCUCCGGUCGUCACAAGCGACGUUCAAGCCGCGGUCGUCUACAGUGACCGACUUGAGCAACCGCUUUGCGCCGCCGAAACUCCACGGCGCGAAGGUUCAGGUCUUUACAAACGACGUCCUGAUGGAAGGCGAGCUCACAAAAACAGGCGAGUCGCGCUUGUAUACCUGGACAAAUCGCAUGGUCGUGCUUCGGGGCCAGGAACUGUCGCACUACACUGUCCAUCGACAGCAGCGGUACGGAGCGCUCCAGGGGACUCUUCACAUUGCCCACGCAACGGUCGAACGGCAGGACACCUUGUCGUUUCGUCUGCACUUGGCCGACGGCAGGACUUGUGCGUUUGGCGCGUGCAAUGUCCAGACGCUGCUGGACUGGAUGACAGCCAUUGCAAUUGCUGCCGACGCUCGCAGUGUCGAGCCCUCGACGGACGACUUGUCCCUAGUCGACCAUAGCCGCACGACGCACAUCUUGUUGGUGCGCCACGGGCACUAUGUCCACUCGGCCACACCUGCUACCGACCUGCAAGGGCCAUUGACGGAAGCGGGGCGGAAGCAAGCGCGAGCAACGGGGACGUUUCUCCACACGUAUCUCGCCGAGCGGCUGGUGUUGAAGCGCGUGUCAAAGAUUCCAGUGUACCACAGCGGCAUUCGUCGAGCCAUUGAGACAGCCGAGCGAAUGGGCGAAGCGUUUCCCAGAGGAUCGCUGCAGCUUCUCGAGAACAAGUUGUUCCGUGAAGCGUGGCCAGGCAAUCCGCUGCCGGAGAGCAAUCGCCAGCAAGUGGCGAGAGAGCGGUUGGACAACAUGGCGUCGGACUGUGCCCGGCUGAAAGUGGCCUACCGUCUCAUGUUUCGGCACUUGAUUCCACAGGAUCUCGAAGCAGAAGAGCGCGAGCUGAGCGAAGUGGACAAACAGCGGUAUGCCAGUACGGUUGGCCGGCACUCGACGCAGACUCGAGCAAGCGAUCGCUUUCGCAUUGUCGUGUGCCCCGCAAAUACGAUCCGCUGGUUCGUGUGCAAGGCACUGGGGGUGGACCCGGAUGGGACGUGGGGCCGCAUGCGCUGCAAUCACUGUAGUAUCACAGCGAUCGAAGUCGACAGCGUUGGCAACUUGCAGCUUACGUACAUGAACCAGACGGGCCAUUUGAAGACGACAGAGCUAUCAGAGGUAUAG